AGGUAGGACCUGUCACAGUGAUGGAAUCUGCAGGCCAGUGGAAGUUUGUUAGCUGGUUUCCCAUGCUGUGGUCAAAGAGCAUACUAAAUCCCCGUGGAGUGUGACUUCUCCUCCUCUGUACACCCUGGAACAUAACUCUGCUGUACUGGCCAAGUGCUACAGCCGAAACAAGAACAGCAUCUGGUUAAGCAGAUGUGUAUCAACAACUAUACUCUGGAAAAGAAUAUGUAACUCCAGUUCUGCCACUUAGCAACUGCAAGAUCAACCACUCUGUGCCUCAGUGUCCUUUAAAAUCAGCCAUGACAGACCCCAACAAGAUCAUCAUCAACUUGGCCCUCUUUGGCAUGACUCAGAGUGGAAAAAGUUCUGCUGGAAACAUUCUGCUGGGAAGCACAGACUUUCACAGCAGCUUUGCUCCCUGUUCUGUGACCACAUGUUGUAGCCUGGGCCGCAGUUGUCACCUCCACAGCUUCAUGCGUCGAGGUGGGCUAGAGGUAUCCCUGCAGGUCCAGGUGUUGGACACUCCAGGUUAUCCACACAGCAGGCUGAGCAAGAGCUAUGUGAAACAGGAAGUCAAAGAGGCUCUGGCACAUCACUUCGGGCAAGAGGGUCUCCACCUUGCACUCCUGGUUCAGAGAGCAGAUGUGCCUUUCUGUGGGCAGGAAGUAACUGACCCAGUCCAGAUGAUCCAGGAACUUCUUGGACGUGCUUGGAUGAAUUACACAGCCAUUCUUUUUACCCACGCAGAAAAAAUAGAAGAGGCUGGGCUUACUGAAGAUAAAUAUUUACACGAGGCCUCUGAUACCCUGAUAACGCUGCUAAAUUCUAUUCAGCACAAAUAUGUUUUCCAGUACAAAAAAGGAAAAUCACUCAAUGAACAAAGAAUGAAAAUCUUAGAAAGAAUUAUGGAAUUUAUAAAAGAGAAUUGUUACCAAGUUCUUCCCUUUAAAUAA